AUGGAAGGAGAUAAAGAGCAUCCGUUGGUAAUCGGAAAAUUCAAAAAUCCUCAUGGUUUUAAAAAUAUUAAUAUGAAUAAUCUUGGGAUUCAAUAUACAAAUAGCAAUAAAUCUUGGAUGACCAGUUUAAUUUUUAAAAACUGGGUUGAACGGUUAAAUUCCAAAAUGAGUGUGGAAAAUAGAAAGAUUUUGCUUCUUUUAGAUAAUGCGCCAGUUCACUAUUUUGAUGGCGAGUUCAGUAAUAUCGAAUUGUAUUUUCUUCCUCCAAAGACAACAUCUAAGAUUCAACCAAUUGAUCAAGGGAUUGUGCAUUCAUUUAAAUUGUUGUAUAAAAAAGGAAUGACUAGAAAUUUGAGUAUGGGAACAAAUAUAGGAACAUUGUCAUAUACAGAUGAACUUACCAAAUUCAAAUUAGUGAAUGCUCUACCUUUAAUUAUUGAGGCUUGGAACGAAGUCACAGUGGACACUAUCAAAAAUUGCUUUAACAAGGCAUUAAAUAAUUGGGCGAAGAUACAGUGGAUGUAG